AUGAAUGUAUUAAGUUGGAACUGCCGGGGUCUAGGUAACCCGAGUGUAGUUCUGAACCUCAAAUACCUCAUCCGAAGAUAUAAACCAAAUGUUUUAUUUCUGUUUGAAACAACAAGUUAUUCUAAUAAAGUUGAGGAUUUACGUUACGCGUUGAGUUUUGAUUCUUGUUUUACGGUCAAUCGCAUUGGUCGAAGUGGUGGUAUAGUUGUGUUUUGGCGUGAAUCCAAAAAGUGUACUAUCCAAAAUUAUUCUAAUAAUCAUAUUGAUAUGCUAGUUGAAGAUUCUAUAAAUGGUAGCUGGAGACUCACAUGUUUUUAUGGGUUACCCGAGCGUACGCGUAGACGAGAAUCUUGGAAUUUAAUUCGCAACCUUGCUGAUAGUUCCGAUUUACCUUGGUGUAUAAUUGGAGAUUUCAAUGAUAGUCUUUCUUCUGCUGAAAAAAAGGGCCGAACCGAUAUACCAAAUUGGCUUAUUUCUGGGUUUAGACAGGCUGUCCAAGAUACCGGACUGACGGAUGUUCCGCUGGAAGGUUAUUCCUUUACUUGGUUCAAGAGCUUAGGAACGGAAAGGGCUGUUGAAGAAAGACUUGACAGAGCCAUGAUAAAUCUGGACUGGGGUAUCCUUUUUCCGAAUGCGAAGCUAGAAUGUUUGACAGCAGCUUCUUCCAACCAUUAUCCGCUCCUUCUUAGGUGUGACUCUCUCUCGAUUCAGCAUUCUGUGCGUAGAGGUUUUAAAUUUGAAAACGUGUGGCUCACAGAGCCGGGUUUUAAAGAGUUCGUGUGUGAGCAAUGGCUCACUGGUGAUCAUGAAGACAUUAUUAUGAAAUAG